AUGGGUGACUUUAAUGCAGUUAUUAGUGAAGGAUCAGAAGGAAAAGAAGCUGGCAAUUAUGGAUUAAGAACAGUCAAGUAAUCAAAGAUGCAAGAGUCGAUUCAUACAAACAACUCAAGGAUGAAGCACAAAAUAGAGAAUCACGGAGAGAACAUUUAUUGUAAACCAAUCUACGGAUUGAAUACUAAAAAAAAAGUAUGAACUCUAAUUAAUUUUGAUAUUGUGCUUAUAGUUUUAAUUUUGAUAGUUUGAUCUCCAUCGUCUUCUACGAUUGUCGUAAAUGUAUGUCUUCAAAUCCGUCAAUAAACUCCAUAGGAUCAUAGCACAUAUUUCGUAAGUAAUAAUGUUACUCAACAGGGGGAGGUCGCGACCCCCUUAAUAGUCACCAACAAAUUAUUUAGGGUUUCCAACACACAAGACAAUUGAGAUUUCAGUUUAGUUGUUUUAAUGUUUUGACAUCAUUAAUCAUGUUAAUGUUCAUAACCGUAAAGCCUACUGUUAAUUUGUACGUUGUAUACCUAUUAUUUUUGUAAAAUUAUUUUACGUUUAUAACAACAAAAAUAAAUGAUAAUAGAGGUAAUCAUCAUAAUAUAUCCAAACUAGUUUUAAAUGAUAUCAUUACAAAAGGGUUGUCAAAAUUGUUGACGAUAUUAUAAGGGGACUCCAAAGAUUUUUAACAGCUAACCAAUGGUACGGUAUACAUUGGUUUUGUAUUUCUUUUCCUUUAAUAUCAAUUGUAUUUUCUGGCAACCAUCUACAUGGUGACCCAUUGUGAAUCGAUUUGGCAAAAGGUAGAUAAUAACCUAUAGACAAUUGUACCAAUACGAUAUUAUACGUAUUUUGUAAUUUGUUAUAUAAUAUGUUAUAUUAUUAUUAUUGGAAAACAAAUAUCGUUGUGAUCGUUAUAGUUUCGUUGCCGGUCAAAAUUCAAAGGUAAACGUUUAAUUUUCAGAUAUUAUUUAUUUUAUACGGAUUAUUUUUUUUAAACACAAAAUACUCUAAUAUUCUAAAAAAUAUGUAUCACAUACAAAAUACAAACAACAAUUGUUUUUAUCAGGAAAUACAAAAUGUGUUUUGAAUACAUUUAAUUAGUAUGUUGCUUAUUCUCGAGUAUAACUGUAUAUAAUUACACCGAACAAAAUUUAUUUCUUUAAAAACUGCCGUUCUGUAAACAUUUUCGUUUUGUUGACGUUAUUUUUUUAUUUUUUUUUUCGGUGUUUUCUCUCCUCAUUGCUAAACUAAGCAUAAGGAAAAUCAAAAUAUAACCACUCCAGCGCAUCAACUAGACACGGUUUUCCGAAGAAAAAAUUUGUUCUGCAAAAACUGCCGGAAAUUAAUUUUCGGGAAAACGUUAGCUAUAUAAAAGGUCAAGCUCGACGUAACACCGCUGCCAACGUUAUAAUAACGUAUACGCAAGUCAGACACAAAAAUUGUGUAAACGGUACGCGUAGAACACGUUAAGAAAUAUAUAACUUUUAUGUCUUUUAUAUAUCACCUUACCGCAAAUUUUAAUCGUUUUUACUUCGGUCGAAUCGGAGACAAAUAAACUUUUCAGAGACGUAAAACUGAUAUGUAUCUAUCUAUACCUAUAUAUUAUUACGGAGGCGCUGCGAUUCAAUAUAUAGUAACUACCCGUCUACUUUUACAUAAAUACACUUAUAUAUUAUGACGGAAUGAUAAACUGGCUGCUACAAAUAUAUCGACGGCUAACGGCGAAUAAUAGUUUCUAGAAAAACUCUGCCAUCAGCUGUUGACUAUCGGUAAUGGGGAAAUACACUCUGCGACAGUGGCGGCUCGUGUAUAUGAGUAUACUGUAUACAAACCUACCCAAACUCAAGAAAAAUUGAAAACAUAAAUCAAAAUAAUACAACUAACUACUAAGUACCUGUAGUAUUAUUAAGAUUAUUUUUCAAAAUAUAAAAUUAUAAAUUCAGAAUAUUAUGAAAAUAAUAUAAUAUUUGGUUUGCGUUAUUUCGAUUGCCAAACAGCCGGACUGUUGUCCGCGACGGAACAGUAUCAGUAUGUAUUAUAGUGGUGGGGUUGUGCACACAAUCGUUGUGCACAUUUGUACAGUGUAAAAAUUAAAACAAGUCGAAACACACAACCCGCGUUAUAAUGGAAUUGGUGUGCACAUUUGUUUCUGUGCACAAAACCAAUUAAAUUGUUAUCAGCGAAUUAUUUUCGACGUUGCCGUGUCGUUGCGCGUCAACAUCAUAGUUUAUUUUUACUCUCAUUCAUCUAUUAUAUUCCGAUUAUCAGCUGAUAAUAUUGGCUAGCCAAUCAUUAUCGAAAAUUCAAAACAACAAUCGUGUUUCUGUUUUCUAUUGACGACCGACAUUACGUUUAUUAUUAUUCGUGUAUUUGUUUUCAAUUUUUAAAAUGAACUCAGUACAGAAAAUACUGCAAUGCAAUUUUUCAACAAUCUCGUUGGAGAAAAAUAUGGAAAUAAAAAAUAAAGAUAGGCCUACUCCAGACUUAAAUAUUAAACAAAUUAUUAAAUGUAAAACGAGAGAAUAUGUAAAAAAAUUUAAUAAUAAUAUAUAUAAAACCUAUGACUGGAUUUGUGGUUGUUAAGAAACUAAUCGUUUGUAUUGUUUUCCCUGUUUACUUUUUGGUCAAAAAUCUAAUGAUGUCGCUUGGGUAAAGAAUGGAAUAAACGAUUUAAUUAAUUUAACUUCUAAAAUCAAAACGCACGAAAAAUCAAUGACACACAUAAAUUUUCAAUUAAAUUUAAAACUAUUAGGAAAACAAGACAUAAGACAACAACUUUCUAGUGCGUAUCGNAUUUGAACUUGCACUCAGAGGUCACGAUGAAAAAUCAAAUUCAGAAAAUCCCGGCGUAUUUCGAGGUCUUAUAAACUUUAGUUCAGAGUUAGAUUCGGUACUAAAAUGUCAUAUUGAGAACUCUUCGGUAUUUAAAGGUUUAUCCAAAAUGAUUUACUAGAAUGUUGUUUAGCUAUAUGUCAACAAAGAAUUAAAAAUGAAAUAAAACAAGCAGAAUAUAUUUCUGUAAUGACUGAUGAAACAACUGACGUAAUUGCUCAGUUUCAAUUGUUAAUAAUAUUUAGAUAUUUACUAUCGGAUGGAACACCAGUAGAAAGGUUUUGGAGAUUUUUCAAUCCUACUGGACAUGAUGCGAAAUCGUUGUCUGAAUGUAUAAUAUUCAACUUGGAAAAAGUCCUAGAAUCGACAAAUAUGUUGAUUUGUCAGAGUUACGACGGGGCAAAUGUGAUGAGUGGACGUCUCAAUGGUGUACAAAAAAUAAUAAAUAAUAGUUGUAAAAAUGCACAUUUCAUACAUUGCUAUGCUCAUCAGCUUAAUUUAAUUUUAAUUUAAGCAACUUCACAAAAUCGUGAGAUAAGGAUAUUUUUUUCAAACUUAACUGAUAUAACAAAUUUUUUUUUAAACAGUCCACAGUGGGUUACGGUUUUAGAUAAAAUUGUUAAAUACAGAGUUCCUCGAUCAUCUAAUACUAGAUGGAAUUUUAAAAGUAAAAUAGUAAAUACUAUGUAUGAGAAUCUUGAGCCGUUAAUUGAAUGUAUGAAAGAAAUUGAAUCAACAUUUAAUUAAACCAUAGCAAUUAAUCAAGUUGGAGCUUUGAAUCGGAUGUUAAAUGAUGAUAAAUUUAUAUUUUGGUUAAGAGUAUUUCAUUCUUUAAUGCCUCAUGUUAAUAUUUUAUAUAAUCAACUACAAAAACAAACUAUGGAUCCUGUAGAACUUUCUAAGGUAAUUUUUCGGUUCGAAGAAAAUAUAUUAAAAGAAAGAUAG